CCUAGUCUCAUCUGUCCAAAAUCAAAUUGUUGAAAAAAGCUGCGCCUCAGAGUCUGUGACUCACUCACGACCGAGUUGACACCGAGUCACUCACUGAACCCGUGGUAAUCCUGGUCUUUCAUGCUCCAAGGCGGUGUUGGAAUGGGUGAGCCUGGUGGUUUGGGGAGUGUGUCUAGGGUUUUAGAUUCUGGUGAAAGUGGUUUUGAAGGGAAUUCAGGGUUUGGGGCUGAUGAGAUUAUGGUGGAGAUUGUGGGGUCUGAUGUGAUUGUUGAUGGGGAUGGUGGGAAUGAGAUGAGUUGGGGAGAUGGCGGGGUUUUCGGGUUUGAGGGGAAUGUGGGGGGUGCUGAUUUUGUGGAUGAGGGGGUUGGUGUGGAGGAUUAUGGAGUUACUGAGGAUGUUGUGUUUUUGGAGAAUGUGGGGGUGGAAAGACGGGAUGCGGUGAUGGCCAGUGGGAAUGAGAAUCGUUUGGGUGGGCGCGAGGAGGUGAGGGGAAAUGGUGGUAAGGGGUGUGAAAUGAUGACUCUGUCUGAGGCUUUGAGUUGUGGUAGUGAGAUUAGUGGUGGGAAUUUUGUGGUAGCUGCUGGAUUGUCUAGUGGAGAGACCGAGGUGAUUCGGGAGAAAAGGGAUUGUGGUUUGAGUGGGGAUAAAAUGGUGGAAAGUUGUGAUGGUUUGGCUUUGCAAAUGGGAUUUAUGAAUAAAGAUGCGUCGUCAAAUGCAAGUACUGGAUAUGGGUUUAGAAGUAAUUCGGAUAUGGAGAUAUCUAUGGAGGUGAAAGAUAGAGGUUUAAAUGGUAGGGAUCAGGUUGCGCAUGAUAUUGCUUUUGAUGCAGAAUCAACUUGUUUAGAAACUGUUCAGAGCACUUCUGUGGAAACUGAUACUGGCGCAACUUGUGUUAAUUCUAAAUAUGGGGAUCACCAAACUGAAGCUGUUGCAAGGAUGAAUGAGAUGCUGAGUGAGAAGAAUAAGGCACCUCAAUCAAAUAUUAACUCCCCUGAAGACUUUGAAUUUGAUAAUACAUAUGAUUCAUACUGGACUGACAUAAUAGUACUGAACUACGAUAAAGAUCAAAUACUUUAUAGAGGUCAGAAUGGAGAAGCUGAAAAUCCGCUAAUGGCUAAUGAGGCAGAUGAAGAGCAAAUGUGUGAUGCUGCUCAGUAUGGAGAAGCUAGAAGUCAGCUAGUGCCAUCUGAAGCAGAUAAACCUGUAAAAUCUGGCAGGAAAUUUUGGAAGCCGUUUUCUAGAGGGAAGCAGGUAAUGGUAUCAGACAAACCAGUAGAAGAUCAUGCGGACGUCAGGAGCCCAGAUUGCACACCAACAGAACUUAUACUAAAAUUUAGCGAGGGGAAAUUUGUACCAUCUGAAAUUGAUCUUAACAAAAUAUUCAGACGUUUCGGCCCACUAAUGGAACAUGAAACAGAGAUUGACAUGGAAAAUAGUUGUGCAAAGGUGGUUUAUAAGAGGUGUUCUGACGCUAAAGUUGCUCUAAGUAGUGCUGGCCUAUUCAAUAUAUUUGGGCCAAUGCUUGUUAGUUUUGAACUCAGUUCUGUUCCAUCAGCAUCAUUCAAAACUUUGCCAGCUGCAACAGUAUACGACCGGGAGGAUGCAAGUUAAUCGCUUGAGCCUUGCAGGUGAAACGAACCAGAGACUUUUGAACAUAAGUUUGCAACAUAGGCGUAAUGGAUAUAUGGUUGUGGUGGAGCUAGAGGAUACAUAAUUACUCUGGUUACUGGAAAUUUGGCGCAUUGUGUUCGGCGCUCUUUGGUUGUUACUUUAUCGCCUAUAGUCAGUGUCAGUUAGAAGGUUAUUCUCAUUAUCAAUAGCAAAUUACUGCAAGUUAAAUUAUAUGGAUCAACUGUUUAUAGAUUGAAAAAUUUGGUGUUUUAUAGGUUUUGUUACUGACGAUAAUCUGCAAUUUAUAAGCUAGACAGCCCUGUAAUCUGAAAUUUUAAACAGCCUGUUGUGGCUUUUCUGGUUUCC